AUGAAAUUCAAGGUCUUGUGUGUAAAAUUUAUAACUUUACACGUACAAUUGAGUUUGCAAAACAGUGUGAAUGAAGAUCGAUCGGUCCAAGAUAAACAACGCCACGGGCUGACGGAUCUUGUGCUUGAAUUCCUGGAAGCUAUUGUACAUGAAUUUCUGUUCACGUCUCGUGUUUACCCAAAAGAAUCAUUUGAUCAGCGUGUGUUGUAUGAUGUGCCAAUCCACAUGAGUCGGCAUCCACUGCUGUGCGAGUACAUCUACUCGAUGUUGGAUGGCUGUCGUACGUGGUUGUUGAGAAGAGAACUUGAGAAAUUGUGUGUCAUUCUCCUCUCAAAAGAAGGACGGACACUGGAAACGCUAGCAGUUGAGCCAGCAUGGAAUGCAGCAUUUAUUGAGGCUGCAGGUUCUGAGGAAGACAAGCCACUGCCAUUGCUCGAGCUGGAAGAGACCUUUCGUGCAGGAAUGGUAGCACUAAUGGCGACGACAGUAUCGAACACAAUUCCUCAGACAGAGAUAAAUAUGCCACACACUUUUCGAAUCCUAGCGCAGACAGUGGAGGAUGCAACGAACCGAGGAACUGCGAUCAAUGAUGACAAUGCGAGCAACUCUUGGGUUUUGGCAGAUCCGUUUUGGUACGACGAGCAGAAGAAAGACAAAGUGAUUGUCCCAGUCAAAAGAAUACAGUCAGAGGCUACACCUGUUCAACUUCAUGUGUACAUGGAGAAAACUCAGCCAAUUGUGAUGGCGAAAGCUGGCGAGUAA